AUGUCGUUAUUCAGAGGUCUCUCACGAGUGAAUGUUGCCAGAGCAACACGAAGUUUCAAUACUUCCAACGCUCCUCAGGACGAGGGUAUCAUACGAGGUCUUAACAAGGUGCUCCUCAUUGGGAAAAUAGCUAGUGAUCCAGUUCAAGCGACGUCGAAAAAUGGUCUUCAGCGAGCACAUUAUGAUCUGGUCACUUAUAGUCAAAGGAAAUAUCCGUCAUUCCAUAAUAUCGUAUGCCUGCAACCACUACAGGUGCAAGUAGUAAUGGAAAAGUUCAAACGAGGACUGCUUGUUUAUGUAGAAGGAAAACUUUAUACUAGACAGGUCGUCGACGAAAGGAGCGAAAGGAGAGUGGUUUCGCAAAUCCUCCAAGACAACUUCCAAAUCCUGGUUCCAGAGCAGGCUUCAGAGGAGAGACCAGCUACAAAUACGGAAAUUCCAGCUACAGGAUCCUCAACUACAACAGAGUCCGCAACCACGACGGAAGACAAUACUACUCGUUAG